AUGCCUUCCGAGGAUCCCUCUUCAUCUCCACCAUCUCCGUCUGCAGUCCAACCUGUCCUCGAUCCUGACCAGGCAGCUGCCAUCGGAGUUCCUCCGGCUUCCGCGUCCGCCGCCAUGCAGCCCUCCGAUCCCGAAAAGCCUCAGGCGACCGACCCUGACAGCCUCAAGCUCGAGCAAGACGUUCAAGAGCAAGCGGCCGGCCGCUUGGCCGACCAGGACUCUGUCCCUGCCCCGGCAGCCGCUCUUGACCACGAGGCACACCUUCACCAUGUCCCCAAAGCCGAAGUCGCUCCGGAGCGCGUUACCGAACUUCCCGGAACACAGGACGAAGUUCCGGCUCCCGCUCCAGGCGACCCUGACCGUCCUAUCGAGCCCGAGCUCGAGGAUCUUGGAUGGAGCGAGCAGCCCAACGUGCCCAUCCCUGUCCUCAACGGCAUGAAGAACGAAUCGCUCUGGCUCCUCGUGCGCCGCUUCAACAAACAGACCUAUCGCGUCAAGGCCAUCGAGGGCAACGCCAAGAGAGACUUCGACAUGUACAUCAGCAACGAGGAGCAGUUUCAGCCCGAUAAGCUCAAGGCCACCUUUGAGCGCUUCUACGUCAACGUCGUCGUCGGCACCGUCGCCUUCAUCCAGCACAUCGCCCGUCUCCGCUCCUGGUCCGAGCCCAAGCGCACCGGUGGCUUCAUGGUGGUCUACGUGGCUGCAUGGCUUCUCGACGUCAUCGUUCCAACCAUGCUUGCAUUCAUGAUCGUCCUCAUCCUCUCGCCACGUGCCAGACUCUUCAUGUUCCCUUCCGCUCCCCUCGCCGCCAUCGAUCCCAAGACCGGACAGGCAAAGGUACCUAAGGCCGGCCACCUUGGCAGCAAGACCAGCUUGACCGGUGCUGCCGAGACAUACGAGGGUGAGGCAGUCGAGCAGGAGGCGUCCAACUUUGUCGGUGCCCUCGGCAGCGUAGCCUUAAGCACAGCAGCUGGCAAGUCCUCCAAUGACGGCGUUGUAGCUGCCCAGGACGAGGAGGACACGGAUUCGGAUGAAGACAGCGUUACCGGCAAAUCGAACGCCGCUGGUCGAAAGGGCACUAGCUCGGCGCCCAAGAAGGAUCCCGAAGACAAAAUUCCGGACCCCACCAACGUCGCCGCCGUCACACAGGCAGCACAGAGCAAGGCCGCGGGCGAAAAGGCUGGACAACCCGAAAAGGGCGAUCACACCAAGAAGCCGAUGGAAGAGGCCAUCUUCGCCAGCCUCGCUCCUUUCAUGCACAUCCUCAACAACAUCUGCGAUGACUACGAGCGUUUCUGCAAUGCGCUUUCGCCCACACCCCCAUUCUCGCGAUGGAUGCCGCGAUGCCGCCUCGCGGGCGCCAUCCUUCCGGUCCUGCUCGCCUCCCUCUACGUCAACGAGACAAUGAUCUACAAGGGAUCCACGUUUGGCUUCGGCUUUGCACUGUUCGGCCAGCCGCUCAUCGACCGCGUCAAGUUCCCACAGGUCAUCGCCUGGCUCGACCGCAACGUCCCGGACUGGAAGAAGUAUCUCGAGCUCCGAUUUAUGCUGCUGCGUGGCGUGCCCACCAACGCCCAGCUCACCGUCACGCUGCUGCGCAUCGGCGAGGCCAACAAGUCUCCCCUACCUCCGCCGCCGCCCACGGCCGUGGCGCCUCCACCCAGCGCGCUCCACGGAUCCGACAUGGCCGAUCAUCCGGAUCUGCCGCCCGAGUAUGCAGAGCAGCUCGCCGAGGCGCAGGCCGACGAUGUCGCCAGCCGACCCGAGGGCGAGCACGAGUCGGCGACCGACCCCAAGGCCGGUAAGAAGGGCAGCAGCAAGGUGCUGGCCGUGCUGAAAGGCGUUACCAAGGCGGGCGUCGAGACAGCGCUUGGCGUCAACCGCGUCAAGGCGACCACGAUCCAAUCCAUGCACGCCAAGGCCAAGCUCGGCGUGGUCAGGUCCGAAGAAGCCGCCCAAAAGUAUGCCGCCGACGGGCCGGUCAAGUUCCACUGCCGCUACCGCGGUAAGCGCGGCUACGCCUACGUCCUCACCACGGCAGCAACGCCGUCGAUCGCGUUCGAACGCAAAGGCAAGACCAGUCCGCUCUCGGCCGCGGUGGCGGCCAACAAGGGCGCGAGCUCCACUGCUUCGGCAGCCGAGACGGCCCAGCGUCUGGUCCAGCAGCGCGGCGCGAGCUUCGCGAUUGCCAUCGAUGAGAUCGCCGAGAUCCACAAGGUGGGCGGCCUCGGAUGGAAGGGCAAGCUCGUCGUUGGCUGGGCACUGGGUGGCGAGGUUGCCGACGGCAUCGAGAUCCUGGAUAAGCAGGGCAACAUCCACAAGCUCACGGCCAUGGGCCGCCGCGACGAGGUGUUCAACCGCCUCAUCGCGCUGGGCAGCCAAAAGUGGGAGGCAUUCUAG